AUGCUCAGUUCCGACAAAGAUCCACUUCCCAAAUCGCCUCCGCGCGUAGACGAUGUUUCAACCAAACCAGAGGACGCAGAGGACGGUGAAAUCAGUGACCACGCUAUCUCUCCGUCAAAAUCCCCAAGCUCUACACCAGAUGACAACAGCGCAGCCAAUCCUCCGCUGCCCACUGGUGAAGUCCCUCCGCCACUGCCCGAUGAGCCACCGCCUGGUGCGCCUGAGGACGACGGGUGGGAACCUGUCUGGGACGAUUCAGCGCAAGCCUUUUAUUUCUUCAACCGAUUUACCAAUGUCACACAAUGGGAAAACCCAAGAGUGCCCGAGGCUCGGGCGACAGGACCCCCAGGAGUGGGAAACUAUGACAGAAUGGCAGGGGCAACAGAUCCCCCGCCGGCAGGCUCUGUUGGUGGAUACAACCCGGCCAUACACGGUGACUAUGAUCCAAAUGCCGACUAUGCGAAAGUCCAUGAAGCACCGUCAGCUACAACAAUCCCCGGCUCUGGUGCGCCUGGUACAGACCCAGCCGAUGCAUAUGCCGCCACUGGGUACUUUAAUCGGUUUACGGGGAAGUGGCAGAACGCGGACCUCAACCCUGACAAGCACAGUGACGAGCAAAAGAGUCGGAGACAGAUGAAUGCAUUCUUUGAUGUGGACGCGGCUGCGAACAGUCAUGACGGGAGAAGUCUUCGAGCUGAGCGAGCCAGCAAGAAGCUCACCAAGGCCGAGCUCAAGGCGUUCAAGGAGAAACGGCGGGAAAAGAAAGAAGAGAAGAGACGAGCCUGGCUGAGAGACUGA